AUGGAACGAAGAACAAAAAAUCUUGGAAGUUCUACCAGAGCUGAAGGUUGGGAGUGCCGCCCUGGGAGAGCAAUGUCGUCAGAAGUUGAAGGGUUUGGCUCAUUCCCAGCUGUGCAUGGUUACCGGGUACAAAAGCGUCAUGGGUUUGCUUUUAAUAAAGGCUUUGAAUAUGUUGGAGAUACUAAAAGGCUUGGGAGUGAAGCAGAGGCGUCUAUUUAUGGUAAGAAUGGUUAUUAUUUAGGCUUAAUGCAGAGAAUUUCAACAACACGAAUGUUUCAAGAGAUAUGGGGAACAUUUAUCGAUAAUAAACCAUGGAAAGAAAGCGAAUUUGAUGGAGAAUCUAGAGUAAUCCAGCAUUUGAGAUUAGUACGUCUUGUAACCAACAAAAACGUCAAAGACUUGCAGGCAAAACAUAGGAGUCUAUGGAGAGCGUAUGGGGAAGAAGCCCAACGUUAUAAUGUUGAUAAAGAAUGCAGACUUUGGAGAGAAACGUUAGACGAGGCAAGUUUUAUCGAUACAACAUGUAGACCGAUGGUGAAUCAAUUUGAUGUUGAGGAAAUACAGGUCGCUGCUGACGUUAUACAUUUGAAUGUUCUCGUUAGGACUUGGGAGGAAUUUUCAUUUAGAUUAUGCGGAAAUACUUUUGUUGCCGAAUUCAUUACAGCGUAUGAACUCUCUUCUACGUUUAUUUUGGCUCUGAGAAAUAUCGUAAUUGUGAGUAAGAGUUUGCUAGUGCGGACAUUAGAGCAGGUCAGUUCGCAUCCUCUAAGGAAUGUUCAUCCAAGCCCUACUGUCUUCUCACCACAGCAUAAUCACUAA